AUGAUUGUGCUGCGCCCGACCAAAGCCGAUUUUAAAUACAAUGUCAGUCUGGCCCAGAUGGAUACAUGUCGUCACUAUACGAUUCCAAUGAAUCGAGGCUAUAAUUAUGCGGAUUUUUUCCAUUUGACCCAUUUAAAGAAUAACAAACUAGCCGAUAAUGAGUUGUUGCAUUUGAAAUUUUAUGUGAUGACAGCACGGGAUGCCCACAUUUUAUUAUCGAGCACGGAUCAACCGCGCUCCAAGGACAAGGUCUACGAAGUUGUCAUUGGUGCUGGUCGCAACACAUUCUCAACGAUACGUAUCACCAUGGGACGUGGCCGUGUCGCCACUAAUCAGGAUCCGUAUAUUUUAUCAAUGCUCGAUCCCACACCCAUUGAAAUAAUACAAACAAAGGCUGCUGAAUUGCUGGUCUACAUCACAGGAUUCAAAGAGGAGCCAUUGUUGAAUUUUACCGAUACCUCCCCACUGGACAUUCAAUACAUUAGUUUUACGACCUAUGAUAAUAUUCCGGCCAGUUGGUUUUAUGAUUGCCAGUUCGAUGGCUUCGCCAAUGAGCUGGAGGAGGAGGUACGCGAGCUGACGCCACAUCAGUUGUUGGUGGCAAAUAUUACCGCCAUGGCUGAGAAUGGCUCAUAUCCGGUCGAUUUGACGAGUGUGGAAUUUGAUUUUGUUGUCGCCUCAGUGAGUUAUCAGCAUGAUCGUGGCAUGCUGCAGACCAGACUUAAUUUGAGAAUGAAUUGGGUAGAUUCCCGCAUAACCUGGGAUCCGAAAGCCUUUGGCGACAUCGAUGUCAUACAGCAUUCCGAUUAUGAUAUCUGGCUGCCCCACUUAAUGGUUAUCAAUGGUGUUUCAAAUUCCAAAUCCCUACUUGAUGAGGAUCAUAAAAUAAAAAUACGCCACAAUGGCGAAAUUGGAAUUGAAUUUUACAAUGUCUUCAUUACCACCUGGUGUCCGAACCCCUUUGAGGAUUGGCCAAACGAAGAAUUGUCCUGUGAUAUUGUGGUGGGUUUGGAUCAGGGUCCUUUGCAGCGACUGACUUUAAAUUACAAUGACACAUGGAAACAUCCACCCAUUGAUUCGCUAUCCGAAUGGACAUUGCGGGGUAUCCAUGUCACCUCCGUGGCCAGUGGGGCUAAUAUGCGCUAUACGGAUAAACAGAUUCUUCAGGCUAUGGAUGGAGAUAUUGCCAUUGAAUUUUUCAUUGUCCGUAACUCAGGAUUCUAUAGGAAUGUUUUUUCGAUGCCGAUUUUGGCUUCCCAAAUCCUCAUCAUCUUGUCCUUCCUGUUGCGAGGCUAUCGUCGAGGCGCCCUUAUUUUGGUUGUAAUGGUCGUUUUAAUGUUGGGUUUGAUGUUCCUGACCAAACAUGCUCCAACAUUUUAUGUGCCGCCAAUAAUGUUGGCAUAUCAGCACAUCAUGAGAGUGGCUACAUUCUGCUAUAUCCUUCACAUUUGUCUUAUGUGGCUGGAAUUGUAUCCGCCCAAGGCGAAGCCUUAUGAUUGGUUGACCGCGGCUGUGAACUGCUCACCCUUACGUCUGGUGCUGUGUAUGCGGUUGGCUGAUUCCAACGACUAUAUUGACUCGCAGCAGCAACCCUGGCGCGAAGUGGCCAAAGUCUUGAACGCGAUGUCUUUUGUUGUAAUCAAUGUUGUGUGUAUUGUUGUAGUUGUUACAUUGUUACCUCAUGCCUAG